AUGAGAAAAUCAGCAAAACGUAAAGUAAGCUACGUGAUAACACAUAAUAAAGAUGAUCACGGUCAUUUAUUAGGCAUAAACAGUUUAGCAUUAGACACCACCACUUUUGGCUCCUCUGAUAAACCGGAAGGAAUUUUAUAUAGUGCAGGAAGAGAUGGUGUAAUUAAUUCAUGGGAUUUACAUUUACCUUUAAGAGGACGAACGAUACCAAAAUAUAAUUAUAAUCAUUUGAACGGCAUCGAUGAAAAAAAAAGAAAUGUUAAAGAUGAUGAUAAUAUACCUUUACAUCUAUUUAAUGAAGAUAAGAACUGGGAAAUUGAUGAAGAUGCUUCAAGUUCACAACCAACGCCAAAAUCAACGUUUCGACAAUCAUUUCAAAGUCAUACGGAUUGGGUGAAUGACAUAAUACUAUGUCACAACAAUGAAGCAUUGAUAUCGUGUUCGUCAGAUCGAACUAUGAAAUUGUGGUUUCCACAUAAAACAUCAACACCAUGUACAAUAGGAUAUCAUACAGAUUAUAUAAAGGCAUUAGCAUACGCAUCAGGACCAGGAUGGGUGGCAAGUGGAGGGUUUGAUAGAAAAAUUGCUUUAUGGGAUAUUAAAGAAUGUAGGCUUGCACCGUCAACAUCGAGUUCAAGUGGUAAUAUUUUUGGAGGAUUGUCUGAAAGAGAUUUUCAACCUAUAGUUACAAUAGCUGAAACUUCACCUAAAUCAUCAGUAUAUGCACUUACAUGUAACCCAUCAGGAUCCGUUCUUGUAUCUGGAUCACCUGAAAAGGUUAUAAAGGUAUGGGAUCCGAAAUCUGGUAAAAGAAUUACGAAAUUAUCAGGACAUACAGAUAACAUUCGAGCAAUAUUAAUAAGUGAUGAUGGAGAAUUAAUAUUAAGCGGAUCGUCAGAUACAACGAUAAAAUUAUGGUCAUUGUCAGCGCAGAGGUGCAUUAAUACAUUUACAACGCAUUCAGAUUCAAUAUGGUCUUUGUAUUCUGAUCAUCCCAGAUUAAAAGUAUUUUAUGCGGGAGCUAAAGACGGAUUAGUUACUCGUACAGACUAUAGCGAAUACGAAGAAAUUGAUGAUGGUGAAUGUGUCGCCAUUUGUAAAGAAAAUGCUGGAAUCGUCAAACUUGUGGCUUUGGAUAAUAAGUAUAUAUGGACUGCUACUUGUAGUUCAAGCAUUAAACGAUGGCAAGAUAUACCAUUGAGGAAAGAUCGAAUAAAAUUGUCAACUUCUUCGCCAACAUCAUCUACUUCCCAAAAUGCAUUUCAAAUCCCAUCAUCGUCCUUAAUAAAAUUAACGUCAACAGCUGUAACGUCAUCCUAUCCUUCAGUGGUAUCUUCACCGCAAUUAAAAACAGCCACGACAGAUAGUGAGGUAGCGACUAUAUAUAGCGUAGCAAUAGGUGACGGUCAUAGUGAUAUAGAUAACGAAGAUCCGGAACCAGUUCGUGAGAUAGCAGAUCACAUAAUAGAGGGACAACAUGGAUUAAUUAAAUAUGUUAUAUUGAAUAAUCGUAGAAAUAUACUUACCUUAGACAAUAAUGGGGAAGUUACGCUUUGGGAUAUUAUAAAAUGUGUUAAGGUCAAAGUAUUUGGUAAAUGUAACAUUGAUGAAAUUGCCCAGGAAAUCAAUACACCCGAAUCUAUACCAAAUUGGUGUUCCGUUGAUACAAGAAUCGGUGCAUUGACAGUACAUUUAGAUGAGAGUAAAUGUUUUGAUGCAGAAAUGUAUGCUGACGAGGCAGGAUUAACUGGAGAUGUAGAUAUAAGAGAAGAUCAGCGAAUUAAUUUAGGUAAAUGGGUAUUAAGAUAUUUAUUUGCAAAUUUUACCCAAGCAGAAAUACAAACAUAUGAAGCUAUACAACAACAAAGAUCAUUGAUGCAGCAACAACGGCAGCAACCUGGAAGUGAACAUAGAAGCUUAUUUUCCACCCAAAUAAAUGUAAAUAUACCACCACAAGCGGCUACAUCAACAACAUGUACAUCACCAACCGCAUCAAGUCACAAUCUUGCCAAUUGUAACGCGAACCCACCAAUGCCACAAUCACCAACAACACCAUUAGCAGCGUUUACAACAGGUCCAUUUACGGCUCCCGCGACAACUAGUUCACAACAACCAGAUUAUUUUAGUGGACCACAUCAUUUGAAUUCUUCUGCCACAUCUCCGACAACCCCGCCUGUAAUGUCACAGAUGCAUCCGUUAAUACAACCACCAUUUAAUCAACAUCCACAUAAUGAAACGCCGGAAAUACAAAUACCACAACAUACCACCGUAAUAAUAAGCGAAGAAAGCCACGAAGCUUCUACUAAUGUUGAUUUAUAUAGAGGUACUCUUGGUGAUAUGGAAAGGGAUGCCGAAAUUAUUGAACAAAAGGCUCCAACUUGGUUAAUUGAAUUUCUAAUUAAGAAUAAGAUUCCCGCCAAAGAACCUGUAAAGGUCAGUUUCAUAUUAAAACCACAUGAAGGUUCUGAAUUAGAUGAAUUACCGAAUGGAAACGCAAGGUUAACCGCAAAUAGAAUGUUAAGAGUAAGGAAAAUAUUAGCUUAUAUAGUAGAAAAAUUAGAAUUAGAUCAGCCAUCGAUUCCUUUAACAACAAGCAAUAACACCACUAAUAAUGGCGCUGUUAAUAUCAAUGGAAAUUCGGUUACCGAACCUACUAAUGCUAAAGAUAAUGGUGGUGGUAGCAUGACUGCUACACAACCUUCUACAGAGUGUCUAGAAAAAGCGUUGGGUGAUGCUGAAAAAAAUACUGAUGAAGGUAAUGAACAUGAUAAUGCCACCGGUAAUAAUUCACAAAGUACAGCCGCUGCUGAAGAAGAAAGAAAGAAUGCCAUGAAACCUGAAUUAUGGUUAGAAUUAGUUUGUCAAGAUCAGAUCUUGCCUCCUACCAUGACAUUGGCUACUAUUAAAUCUCAAAUAUGGAAAGCAUCUGGUGAUUUAACAAUGACUUAUAGGUUGAGAAUGAAAAGCGUUUGA